AUGUCCAAACGCACGCGCGCCGUGAUACGCGCGCGGAAGCAGAAGAAAGCCUUUCAGCGACGAGGAUCCCCCUCGCACAUCAACAAUCUCCCCUUCGAGAUUCUAGCCUUGGUGUUCCUCACGAUCCGGGAUGCGGCAUUGUCGCUCGAAUGGCUCCGGGUCGCCACGGUCUGCCGUCAUUGGCGACAUGUCGCUCUUGAAACUAGCACCCUCUGGGCCCAACUCCGUCUUCCCCGUCCCCUGAGCCCGCCCUUCAUGUCCGUUCUAUUCGAUCGCUCGGGUGAAGCCGACCUGCACCUCGAGGUGAAUACCAUGGGAGGCGAUAUCAACGGCAUCGUGGCAUUGAUCCUGCAGCACGCCCACCGUCUCUGCUCUCUCUCCAUCUUAUUCCACUACGACCAAACUCUCGCAGUUCAAGGGGCACUGGAUGGGGUCAAGCCCAGGCUCAGAACACUAGCACUCCGGGCAGAUUACGAUGAUGUAGCCGGAGACGACAUUGACAACGGCAUCUACGUUGUUUCCUCCCUAUCCCUCUCCCCUCCUGAUGUCCCCGCCAUUCGUCAUCUCUCCAUCGCCUGGGUUAUAGUUGACACCCCCCACCCUAUCCUGCGUGACUUAGUCAGUCUCGAGCUAGACGGAUUCAAUGGACUAAGACUCGGACUUGGUAUCGAUCGGAUUGAACAAUGGAUCCGUGACGUUCUCGAAACUGCAUCAUCUACCCUCGAGCACUUGACUUUGAAGCGUCUGGAUCGCUUCGACCGGGAGCCUGAGACCGAGCCGAUGGAGUUUUUGAGGCUACGAAACUUGAACAUGCGGGAAGACAGUAGCAGGGAGGCCAUUGCGAGCUUCCUUAACAUCAUUCGCCUUCCUGCCACGGCUUCAUUAAACCUCCAUAGCUCAUCGCACAACCGUUGGCACGUUCCCUCCAUGGAUUUUGCGGACACCACGAACCCUAUCCCCUUCCUCCCCGACGAGAGAGAAAAGGUGCUUCCAGUCCUCCUUCGGGCCAAGGUGCUACCGGGCACCUGUGCUGGAAAGGACUUCGACUGCACCGCAUGGGCUGACGGCGCGGAAAGUACGGUCUGUCAGGCAACCGCAUACCCUGAAGAUCUCCCUGACGGCGAGAAGUUCGAAAUAAUGUCCUUUCCUACGGUCAGCAAGUUGGACACGCUGCUCCCCCGAGAGAUCAUCGAGGAGUUCGAGUGCCACUUUCCCGCGCAGCUCGAUAUGUUCGGCACCUGGCCCGGCCCCGUAGGCGGUUUCCUGAAGCUGCGUAGAUGCACGUUCGGCGGCACACGUGCUAUCGAGGAGCUUCUGGUUCUCCUUUCUCAGUGCGGGGGGAUUCCUACCCUCGAGGAGAUGACCCUUUGCGUCCCGGAGGUAGCAGACUCCAUUCUGGACGUGUUCAGAAGCAUCGCGGAGUGGCGAUCGUGUGGCAAGGGGAAGCUGGUCGCCCCGCCUGUCCUCCGCUUCCGUCUCCCCCAACGCAUGGCAAGCUGCACGGAGACUAGCGUCAAGAUCGCACGCCUGAACGCGGAGAUGGUUCGGACGUCCGUGGAGGUGUACUUUCUCGAUUGCGAGAUUUGCCAUCGCAAGCCACGUGAAGACUGUGGGGAAUUCGGGUUGGCAAUAUCGAUCUCAUUUUCUAAUCUUCACCGUCUGCAAAUGGGCCGCUGCCCCGUAGAGCUCAACACUCUGACAGUUGAUGAAUAUACACAGCAAGAUUCGAACUUGGUCCUCGGCGCUCGCAGGACUGUUUGCGUAAGAGCUAAUUUGGCAGGGCGCUCUACCGGAUCCAUACUAUCACUUCGUUCAAGCUCCAAGAGCACCGUGCACUUUAGGCCCCAAGUUCACCCGCGGCACCUCUUCACCUACGGAUCACAAUACAAGGCUCCAAAAUCUAUCUCAGUGACUGGGAUGUCAACCUCCGGCCGAUUCUCUAGGCUUCCGGCGGAGCUCCUUAUAGAGGUGUUCAUAGCCCUACGAAACACCUCAGCACUUCGUCGAUCCCGGAAUGUACCCCUCGACGUAGUAGGCGGCUCUACGGACGACUACCGCCCUUUCACGGGAUACCGCGUUUAA